CUAUACUACAAGCACAGGGUGCGGUAUGCAAGAAUCCUAGUCCUACAGAUGUAACGUGUUCCUAGGGGUUGGGUGUGAAGCUCCAGGGUAGUUUUACUCCUACUCUGUCCCUCAAACAACCCGACCCACACACACACCAUAAACCCCCACCUCCCAAAAGACUCGGGAUUCUUUGCCCGCACUAUCACACCCUCUCAACUCUCGUUCAACAGUACAAACACGUAUAACCAUGGUGUCCAAGGUCUUCAUCAUCACGGGCGCCAGCAAGGGCAUUGGCGCCGCCAUUGCCAAAUACCUGCUCCAGCAGUCUCACAAUGUCGUCAUCACGGCACGGUCCCGGGAGCCCCUGGAGGCCUUGAAAACGUCGCACCCGGGUCAAGUGCAGUACAUUGCAGGAGACAUGGUCGAGCCUGAGAUGCCGACGAAACUGACCAACCUCGCCGUGUCGUCAUUUGGCAAGCUUGAUGGCAUUGUCAUCAACCACGGCGUCUUGGCGCCCAAGCGAUUCGCCGACUGCACCAUUGAAGAGUGGAAGCAGCUUUACGACGUCAAUGUCUUUAGUGGAAUCGCCAUGGCCAAGGCGGGAUUAGAUGAGCUGCGCAAGUCCAAAGGCUGCAUCGUGUGGGUGUCAUCGGGCGCCGCAACGAAGGCCUACGCGGCAUGGGGUUCAUACGGGUCGGGCAAGGCGGUCUACAACUCCGUCUCCUCUCACAUCGCUGUUGAAGAGCCCGACAUCAUCAGCGUUGCCAUUGCACCCGGUCGAGUAGAUACCGAGAUGCAAGGCGUGCUGAGGUCGGAGGGCAAGGACACUAUGGACAAGUCGCAAUACGACACUUUUACGGAGGCCUUUGAGAAGGGCACGCUGCUUAAGCCAGAGCAGCCUGGGCAUGUCAUGGCUAAGUUUGUGGCCAACCCGCUCAGGGAGCUGACCGGCAAAGCAUUCUCAUGGAACUCACCUGAGGUCGCCGUGUAUCAGGCAUAAGCGGAAGAAUCGGGUUUCCCUAAUCUCAAGCAAUGUUAGCUUUGGAUCAUGACAAAGUUAUAAACAAGUAAUGAAGAUCAAAUAUGCAAAGUCAGUCGAAAGAUGAAAAGUCUCGUUUACGUUAAUCCACAUUAAGAUUCAGGAUUAGCAUGGAAUGUAAUUUUUGUCAUCACAGCAUUUAGUAGUUGGGAAAAAAAAAAA